AGGGAGGGGAGUAAUAAAUGAAGCACUCUGGGAAAAACCUCAGGUCGGUAUCGGGUCGUGGCGGAGGCGAAAAGACAAAAUAGUUAGCAAACGAUGGGUCGGGACGGGACCCGUUGUCAACUGUGUCUCUCCAGGGCCUUGGCUCGCUAGUACCGAGUAGUAACAAGUGGCCGGUCAGGUACCGUAACGGAUGGAGCGUAAGGAGAUCCCUGUGAUCCCUGUGACUUUUCGGAGGAGUGGUGUGCAGGUAUCUGUAUAUAAACUGAGGUGGACUAGGUAUCUGCGUGCUUCUUGCUGCUUGGUACCUUACACCUCCAGUAAUAGUGGUGGUGGCCGAAUGUGUGCUGCGCUGUGUGCUGUGUGGUGUGCUGUCUGUCUGUCUGUCUCUGUCCCUCGGUUCCGUUUUUGUUGGGGACAAACUGGAGAGAGGAAGAGAGGCAGCUCCGUUGCUUGUGGCCUGCGGGGGUUUGCAGGGCACGGUGCAAGGGGAGAGAGAGCAGGACCAGGGACGGGAGGGACGAAAUGCGUGGCAGGGGAGGGGAGGCAAUGGGGCACCGGGGGUGUGAAAGCAUGAAAUGUGUCGUGUCAAGUCGUGCCGUGUGGUGGUCGGUUUCUAUCCUUUCCAAUUGCUGUUGGAUUUUUCUGCUGGGCCUCGAUGUUGAUUGAGUUACCCACCAAAGGACGACGAUGUGGAGGAGGAGGCAAGAAAGUCAAGUAUCCGUACAUUCUUAGGCGAGGUACAAGAUUGUUGCAC